AUGCGCAAAGAAAUUGAAGAAAUAGAUCUCAAUGAGCCAUCUCAUGAAAAAAAUGAACAAGUUUGUGUAAUUCAGCAUCCAGCUAUUUUGAUAAUAGGAGAAGCAGGUGCUGGUAAGAGUACAUUCGGAAAUUGGUUAUUAGGAUAUCAUGGUGACAAUGGUCCAUUUGAAAUUGGAGGCAGUAACGAUCAUGUUACCAAUAUCUGUAAAUCCCGCUUAAUUAAAAUUAUUAAAAUCAAGAAUCGCACUUAUAAUCUUAUUGAUACUCCAGGUUUGUUUGAUCCCAAUGAAGAUGUCAAAAGUGAUGAAUCUUUAAAUAAGAUUGCUGAUGCAAUUAAUCAUUGUUCUUAUGGAAUUCAGGCAAUUGUGCUUGUUAUUAAAAAAGAUCGCCCCUUUGAUUCACAAACAAUCAAAAAAAUCAAAAGCUUUCUUGGUGAACCAGCUCUAAACCAUAUGAUAGUUGCUUUAACUUAUUGUAAUUUAAAACAAACGGGGAAUAAAGAAAAGUUACUAGAAAGCUUAAGCCCAAAGUUAAAAUCUUUUCUUGAUUCUAUUGGAUAUCGAUAUAUUAUAUCUCCCAAUCCAGAUUUAUUCCCAAAAGGCCAUAAAAUUGUAAAUAACAAUAUGGAAAAUGCCAAGGAAUUUAUUAAUAAUUUUCCUGAAGCUUAUACAACAGAAACAUUUAAUAAAGUUCGGCAAGCGCGUGAGGAAUGUGAAAAAAUUGCUCUUCUUGAACAAGAAAAUAAAAUCAGCCAAGAGGAAAUUAAGAAAUUGAAAGAACAAAUUGAUGAAAUUGGGCGAAGAAUAGCUAAAGAAGAGGCAGCAAAGAAAUGUUUCAAGUUAGACACAAAGGUUAUUCUUGAAGGAGGUAACUUGGUACCAAUGUCUGGGAUAACAGUAAAUGAUAAAAUUUGCGUAGAUGUUAUCAAUGGGAAAUUAAAGUUCUCAGAAGUUUAUUUGAUUGCACAUUGUGAUUAUGAAGAUGAGACUGAAUUUUUAAAAGUGGAAUAUAUUUCACCUA